AUGUUGAUUAAAGAAUACCGAUUAUUCUUACCAAUGACAUUGGAAGAAUAUCAUAUAGGACAAUUAUACAUGGUAGCAAAAAAGAGUAAAGAAUCAAUGACAAGAGGAGAAGGAGUUGAAAUUCUAGUCAAUGAACCCUAUGAAAAUGAAUAUGGCAAGGGUCAAUAUACACACAAAAUAUUUCAUCUAAAACAAUCCCUACCCAAAUUUGCAUCUGCUCUUUUACCAAAGAGUGCAUUACAAAUUGAAGAAAAAUCUUGGAAUGGUUUUCCUUAUUGUAAAACUAUUUAUACUGCAAAAUCUAUACAUAAAGAUGGAAAUGUAAUCAAUGAAAAUGUAUUUAAUUGUCAACAAGAUGUAUUGAUUUCAAGAUCAGUUGAAUAUAUAGAUAUUGCAAAUGAUAAUGUUGAACCAAAAGAUUAUAGAAAAGAUGAAGAUCCAACUUUAUUCAUUUCAAAAAAAACUAAUAGAGGUCCUUUAAUUUCAAAAGAUUGGGCUAAAACCCAUUCACCAAUAAUGACAUGUUAUAAAUUAGCCAAAGUUAAUUUUAAUUAUUGGGGAUUUCAAAAAAGAAUAGAAAGUUUUAUACACAAGGUUGGUAUUCACGAUGUAAUGUUGAAAGCACAUAGAGCUCUAUUUUGUUGGAUGGAUGAAUGGAUUGAUUUAUCAAUGCAAGAUAUUAGAGAAAUUGAAACAAAUAUGAUGACUCCAAAUAUUAAAAGAGAUAAUUAUCAUCAUCAUCAUCAUCAACAUGAAGGAAAGAAAUCAAUUCCAUCAAAUUUGAUUCAUUCUGCGUCUUGUAUUGAUACUAAUAAUAAUAAUAAUGAAAAUAAUAAUCAACAUCCAAUACUUGCAACUGGAUCGCCAUCCUUGAUUGACAAGAAUAUGAAUCUUGUCUAA